CCGCUCCUUCGCCGAUCAAAAGAAGGCUCGGAAGUGUACCGCACUGAACAAAGAACAAAGCACCAAGCGGCGAUGGAAGCAGAGGAGGGGACUCAGGAGCCACAGCUGGUGCUAGCUCACAAGCUCUUCCUUCUCAGACAUGGUGAUGUGGAAGACAUUGAGAAGGUCCGGCUUAAAGAUGAGGUGUUUGCGUUUGUCAAAGAAAAUGAUAUGGCCCCUUUGUACGAAACCCUAGUCGCUGAUUCAGUUUUGGACAUGGAUCAAAGCAUUCUGGAUUCGAUGCGUGCUAAGAUAGAUGAGGAGCUCAAGAAGCUUGACGAAAAAAUUGCUGAUGCUGAAGAAAACUUAGGUGAGAGUGAAGUUCGAGAGGCCCACUUGGCAAAAUCCUUGUUCUUCAUCAAGAUCGGUGACAAGGAGAAAGCCUUGGAACAUCUCAAGUUAACGGAAGGCAAGACAGUUGCAGUUGGCCAGAAGAUGGACCUGGUGUUUCAUACAUUGCAGCUUGGGUUUUUUGACAUGGAUUUUGAUCUCAUUUCCAAAAGCAUCGACAAAGCAAAAAACUUGUUUGAGGAAGGUGGUGACUGGGAAAGAAAGAAUCGGCUGAAAGUGUAUGAAGGCCUGUACUGCAUGUCCACACGGAAUUUCAAGAAGGCUGCCAAUUUAUUCUUGGAUUCUAUCUCAACUUUCACAACUUACGAACUUUUCCCCUAUGACACCUUUACAUUUUACACGGUUUUGACCAGCAUUAUAUCAUUGGAUAGGGUUUCCCUGAAGCAGAAGGUAGUGGAUGCUCCUGAGAUCUUGACUGUGAUUGGCAAAGUUCCCUAUCUUUCUGAAUUCUUAAACUCCCUAUAUGAUUGUCAGUACAAGUCAUUUUUCUCUGCAUUUGCUGGGAUAACCGACCAAAUCAAGUUGGACCGCUAUUUGCACCCACAUUUUCGAUAUUACAUGAGGGAGGUUAGAACUGUUGUUUAUUCACAGUUUUUGGAGUCUUACAAGAGUGUUACAAUUGAGGCGAUGGCAAAAGCAUUUGGAGUGACUGUGGAUUUCAUUGAUCUGGAGCUUUCACGUUUUAUUGCAGCUGGGAAACUUCAUUGUAAGAUUGAUAAGGUUGCAGGAGUUCUUGAAACGAACCGCCCUGAUGCCAAGAAUGCUCUAUACCAAGCAACUAUCAAGCAAGGGGACUUCCUGUUGAACCGGAUUCAAAAGUUGUCUCGUGUGAUUGAUCUUUAAAGUUAAGUCUUCUUUUGCAAUUCAUCGUUAUAGACAAAAAAAUUGUGGAAAAGGAAGAGAGAUACAGAUAGAUUCAAGGAUUUUCUGUUGAAUGCGUUUUACUAGAGGACAUGAUACGCUGUAUUCUAUUUGAUUUGCUAACUAGUGAACAAUUUAGCUU